AAUAAUAUAUGAUUCUUACGAUGACAUAGCACUGAAUCCAAUGGUAAAAGAAAUUACUAAAAUGAAUGUCAAAUUUCAAGUGCUAAUGAAUUAGAAAGAACUGUUUAUUUUCCCGCCUGGAGAUGAAAUUUAGAGCUUAGAAGAGUGGUCCUUCCGCCUUGUUACCUAUGUUCCCAUAGUCGUGGGUCCGAAUCCCUCAACGGGGCAAGGAUCAGAGAAAUCAAAAGAGUGAAAGUAACAAAAGAGGGGAAAACAGGAAAGAAUCAACGUAUACUUGUGUAUCAAAGUGUAAAUAUGAGCAUUCGAAACUAAGGACUAUAAAUGCAAACAAAAAAAACAAAAAAAGAGAAAAAAAGAAAACGUACAAAAUCUAAAGAGACGUUAUGAUUUUGUGCCUAUCCCGCCAUCCUUUAUUUUCCUUCCAUUCACUUCACUAAAAGCACACUGCCCUAGUACGCUUAACUCCACUUUCUGUCUGUUUUUCUUUUCCUCCUUAAUUCCCUAAGUAUGCACCACAACAACCCAUUAAGAUCAAAUGCAUAAAGAACAUUCCUUUUCUUUCUUUUAUUUUCCAUCGCAAGAAUUCUCUCUUUCCUUUCGGUUCUGCAGUUCUUGAAUUAAACGCUGUUUGAUGGGCUGUUCCACCUCGAGAAUUGACCACCUUCCGGUGGUGUCUCUUUGCCACGACCGCUGCAAGUUUCUUGAAGAAGCUCUUUACCAAAGCUACGCCCUUGCCGAUGCUCACGUUGCCUACGUCCACUCGCUUAAAACUCUUGGCCCGUCUCUAAGCCGUUUCUUUGAGGUUGAUCAAAAUCUUGAUAAUGACAACAAAGACAACGACAACAAUCACUCUGAUUCUCAGUCCAAACCCUUAAUAUCAAAGUCUUCUCCUUCACCUGAUCACUGUCCUUCGACUUCAAACUCAGAUUCGCAUCUUGAUUUCCCUUCUGAUGAUUCUGAGGACGAAGAAUUUAAAGAAAAAGAUUUUGAUCUUCUUCACAGAAUCCAACACAAUUAUUUUGAUCGACAAACACCUACUCCAUCUAGAACUAACUCAUAUUCUUACCGAGACCAUUACAAUAAGUACGAUUGUUAUGCAAAUAAUGGUACUUAUGGUGUCACCUCACCAGAUGGUGGUUCUGCAUGGAAAACCCCCUCGCCUCCUCCGCCUCCAAGUGGCUCCACUUGGGAGUUCUUGAAUUUGUUUGAUCCAUAUGAAAGAUACGAGUUACUGAUUAAGGACAAAGAAGGAAUCCAUGAAGUAAAAGAGGAAUUCGAGAAUGAGACUCAUGGAGAUGAUAAAUUUGGUGGAGAUUCUGUGCAUUUGGCUAAAGAGGAGAAACAGAUUAAAGUUGAUGUGAAGAAAAAUGAGGUUCAUGUUGAAAAAACUAAAGUUGUUUCAGAGAAAGAAGAGAAGGAAGAAAAGAAAAAUUUGACAGAGUCUAAGAAUCAAAGCCCGUUGAUGGUUAUUAGAGAACUGGAGGGUCUGUUUGAUAGAGCUGCUGAGUCGGGAAUUGAAGUAUUAAAGAUUCUUGAUACAGGAAAAUUCCGUUAUUAUCAUAAGAAUUCUAUUUAUCAAGGAGUUUCUUCCAAGAUGUUGCAUGCGGUUACACCAUCUUUUUUGGUGAUACCUCCAAAAAGUACAGACUCCUUAACCUCCUCCACGGAGAAGAUUGGUUCGGUUCAUGUGAGCUCUGAUGAAGAAUUUGGUGUCAUUGCAGUCAAUUUGUCUUCCACUCUCAAGAAGUUAUGCAUGUGGGAGAAGAAACUCUAUGAUGAAGUCAAGGCUGAGGAAAAAUUGCGCAUUAUGCUUUCGAGGAGCUAUAGGCAGAUGAAAGAUAUGGGCGAGAAAGGUGCAGAGUCCAAUAAAGUUCGUUCUGAUCGAGCUUUGAUCAGAGCAUUAUCUACUAAAAUCAAAGUUGCUAUUCAUGUUAUUGACAGGACAACAGUUACUAUCAAUAAGCUGAGGGAUGAAGAGUUGUGGCCAAUGAUCAGUCAACUGAGUCAAAAGUUGCUUGGAAUGUGGAAAGCCAUGCUAGAUUGCCAUAGAUGUCAAUCUCAAACAAUUGUUGGAGCCAAAAGUUUAGAUGCCAUUGUAUCCAAUGGAAAAUUUAGUGAAACCCAUGUAGAAGCUGCAAUACAACUUAAAAUUGAGCUUCAGAAUUGGAAUCUGAGCUUUUCGGAUUGGAUAACUGCGCAGAGAGGCUAUGUCAAGGCCUUGAGUGGUUGGCUUCUAAAAUGUCUUCCAUAUGAACCUGAAGAAAUGCCAGAUGAAACGCCACCAUCAUCUCCUGGUAGUAAGUCAGGACAACCCCCUUUGUUUGCAUUCUGUAACCAAUGGUCACAUGCUGCGGGUAGAAUCUCAGAGAUGGAAGUAACUAACGCUAUGCACGGAUUUUUCGUGAAUAUAAAUCAACUUGUGGAAAGGCAUUACACAUACUUGCAGCAAAGGCUGGCUGCAGACAAAGAUUUAGAGAAAAGAAUGAAGGUAUUGGAGAGAAAGGAGAAAAAGAUACAAAAGGUAUUGCAAUCUCGAGGGAAGAAGAUGCUUCUGCCCACUAAGGAUUUAAAGGGAACCCAAUUCUCUGGAGGGGCUGUGCAUCAGAGUGAAGUGACUUACAAUAGUAGUCUGCAUUUGGGUCUCAAACAGAUUUUCACGGCCAUAGAGAAAUUCUCUGCUGACAAUGUGCAGAUUUAUGAAGAACUUCAUGUGUAUAUUGACGAAAGCAACCCAACUCGAGGGAAUAAACAGGGACUUUAAAUUAAUAUUACAUUGUGAAUUUGUAAACUUAGUUUGAUCUUGAUCUUCCAGAGAGGAAUUUAUUGUACGACAGCGAUUUUUUGGCUGAUGCAACAUCAAUCUUUGGUUCACUUCAGUACGCUAAAUUAAGGAUUCAUUGUCCCCAUUAAUUGUUCUUUUCAUAUAUAAUAAGUAAGUUAGAUUUCGAAAA